GCUGGUUUUUCAAAAAUCUUCGAAACUCCGAGCCGAGCGGACGUGUGAGCGCGAGGAGCGAAAGAAGCGAAAGAAGCAGCGCGGAAAAGUAGAAUCCAGCGAAUCCAACGAAUCCAACGAAACGAAACGAUCGCGAUCGCGAGUGAGAUGUGCCGCAUCUGAAGCGGGCUACGGAUUACGUGUUGCGGGUUACGGCUUACGGCUUACGGGCAGACGAUUCAAUGGCCAGCAGACGCCGCCUGCAGCUGCUGCUCCUGCUGGUCCUGCUGGUUCUGCAGUUGAUCGGCACCACGCCGGCGUCUCGCAGCCUCAGUGUCAACGGGAACAACAUCUGGCGGAGAGUGCGUCUCGUGACCAGCCAGGAAAGCGAUCGCAAUGCUUACCAGGUGCUCAAGCCGAGCAGCCGCAACUCCACCUCCACCUCCACCUCCACCUCCAAGAGUACCACCACAAGUCCAAGCACAACUAGCACUAGCACCACAUCCACACCCACAUCGACAGCCAUUCCUCCACACUCACAAAGAUCAGCAAAGCAAUUGGAUCUCAACUUUCCGGGCAGCAACGUCUCGAAUGCCGCCCGCCUGGAAAUGUCCACGGAAUUCUUCGUGGUGCCCACUCUGACGGCCAGCAGCACCACCAGCAGCAGCAGCUCCACCACGUCCACGCCCACGAGGAGUCUGGGAGCCAGAGCCCGAUCCGCCAGCACACCCCGAGACAGCCAGGGGAACAGUAGCGGCCACGGACACAGCCACGGCCAUGGCCACGGCCACGGUACCCCUCCAAGCAUCGUGUCCACGCACCUGCCCUUCGCCGGACUCCGGAAGGAGCCGUGGGUGGUGCCGGUGCUGGUGCUGGCCACUCUCACCAUGCUCAUGAUGGCCGCCUUCGAAAUAUUCGUGCUGUUCAAGGCCUGGCGAACCUCGCCCUCGCGACGUCACCUCUUCCUGGGCCAGAUGCUGCUGCUUGGACUGUUCGCCUGCGCCAGCCUGGGCGCCAUCAUUACCGCCCAGCCUACGCUCCUCAGCUGCGGGGCGAUCCGCUUUGGGGUGGGUGUUGCCUACGCCCUUGUCUUCGCCGCCCUCCUGGUGAAGUGCGUCUUCCUGAUCAGCCUGAACGGGGGAGUAUACCUGCCGGCACCAUACCAGGGCCUGCUGCUGCUCUUCGCACUUCUCAUCCAGGUGGCCAUCGGGGGUCAGUGGCUGCUUACCCAGCCGCCCGAGGUGUACACCACCAGUGUGCCAGUGAUGGGCAGCGGAUUCCUCUCCACAACGGUGGCCUCGCAGACGAAUUACUCGGCGCUGUUCUACCCCACGUCAUACACCACGCUGGACGGAACGCCGGAGAUCUACACGAGGAUUGCGGCGGUCAGUACGGUCCUGAUCCCGCUGUGUAAGACACAGUUCUCGGAGCUGCUCUUCUCGCUGAUCUACAUCGUGUUCCUCAUCGUGUUCAUCGCCGUGCUGGCCAUCAAGUCGCGCGGAAUACGUGACAACUACCGCGAGGCCACCUACAUUGGCCUGGCCAUUGGCGGCGCCAUUCCCAUCUGGCUGGGCUGGAUGCUGUGCGGCCUGGCCGUGGCGGAGCGGCACAAGGACGCGUGCAUCGCCUUCGGACUGGUGGCCACCUCGGCCACCGUCUUCCUGGUGAUGUUCAUGCCCAAGGGCAGGCAGCUGGCCGCCAUGGGCAAGGAGGGGCUCUACGUCGAGGAUCGGGAGGAGCAGUUCAGCUCUCUAAGUCGCGCUGGGUCCGGCUACUCGCCCUCCUUCUUCCACUUCAAGCCUAUCAAGUACGGGGUGAUGAGCGGCUGUGGGAUUCCCAACUCCGCCUCCAAUACGGGCCAGGGCCUGAGCUCCAAGCACUGUUCCAGUGCCAACAAUGGUGGAGAUCGGGUUGCUUUGGUCACCGCCGCACCGCCGAGCUAUACACGUAUGUAUCACUAUUUUCCAGCACAUUUGAGCCCGCACCCGUUCUGUUAUUAUCCACCCGCACCACCACCACCACUGCCACCGCAACCACCGCCACCACAGCAAGCUGCACCGCCCACGCUCACGCCGUUGACCCUCAAACAGUUGGGCAACUCCCUAACCUCCAUGACACAAGCGGCGCAAUUGGCCAAAACGUUGCGCUAUGCGCCAGGCAUGUUCAUACGACCCGACGAAACGAAUCUGUACACGACGCUGGAGCCGACGUUGAGCACCAAUCCGAAUGUUUACUUCCAACGCAGCGGAGCCGUCCAUCCCGGUAUCCUUUACUAGUAUCGAAGGAAUCGGAGUAUUCGAGAGAGUAUCGAAAAGUAUCGAGAACACUGGAACUGAGUAUUUUUUUUCCCGUAAUAUUAAGUUACGGCUCCCAAGGAGCAGCAAUAAGCGAAAUGAUAUUAAUGUAUCAUUUCGAAUAGUGUAACAUUUUUUUGUCAUAACUGCUAAGCUCUUCGAAAGUAAGAAAAGUUAUGCGAUACGAAGGAUUAACUACACACGACUUUGUAUGUAUAAUUAAAUAGUGAUCUAAGAUUCAAGCUCAUCUUGUACCCAGGAAUUUUGAUAUAUUCUAGCGGGUUCAGAGAGAGGGACAAGUGGAAGCCGAGGCAAUAGAACUGCAAUGUGUAGUCCUAGUUAAGAGAUAUGAACCAUCUACACUGGUUAUAUUUUACACAAUAGUUUUAGUUGCGAUAUGAUUGCACGAGAGGUCCAUCGAAAUAUGGUAAAUGAAUUAAGUCUUAAGAAUUAUAUCCUUUCAUUAGAUGAUUUGAAAAGCAGAAGGUCGAAUUUUUUUUUUUUUUGUUUUAUUGUCCAGCGCUUAAGCUGCUCUGAUAUUAAAAUAUUAAUAAGCUCAAGAUCGCAGAGGUAAAUAUUUUUUGUGUUUAAAAUCAAAUGUGAACGAAUGUCAAUAAAGAAAAUUAAAUGGGAGAAAAAAUAUCUUGAAAUUUCGUGCUAAAUAAGAUGAAUCCUUUGCAUUCAAUAUUCGUUUUUAUAGAAAUUACAUAUAUGCCUCUGUCCAUAUCCAUACUACAGUAAGUAAUAAGCUUAAUAAACAUUUGUCUAGCCAAGUAAAA